CUUUGCGACCUGCUGGAUCAGGAGGCGGUGGAACCAAACGAGACAUAAUCACUUCGCCUGAACUGGGCUGUUGACGUUGCGAUUGAAGUCGCUCACCCCCGGACAAAAAGGAGAGAAAAGGCCCCGUGCCCGGUGGUUUUCCCGACUGCGCUGCGACUGAUCCAUCUCCCGCACAAUGGCUUCCACCUCGGCCGAUGUCUUGGAUGCCGCCGGCGAUUACCUCGUGCGGCCCCGACCACGGAAGCCCCUCCAUUCCCAGCUGUCGCAGAUUAGCAACGCAUCCGAGACAAACGGCACGCUCGAACCCCCCAGCAAUGGCCACGCUACUGGUUCAACAAGUGGUCGCUCCACGCCGGUACCCGUCGAUGCGCCACCAUCGGUCAAGUCCCUCUCGACGGCCCGAAAGCAGGCCCGCGCAGAGCAGCGCCGCCGCCUCUUCCCAACCAUCGAGUUCGCAAGCCGCGUGUCGCACUUUGAUCCGAACAGCGACUACCGCGAUUUCCGGGGCUUCUUCAACCUCUUCUGGAUUGGGCUUGCCAUCAUGGCCAUAACAUCCAUGCUACGGAAUAUAAAAGACACCGGGUACCCACUCCGCGUCGAGAUAUGGAGUCUGUUCACCGUCAAGCUCUGGCACCUGGCCAUUGCCGACUUUCUGAUGGUGGCCACCACUGCCGUUUCUCUCCCCUUGCAACGCAUUUUCCGCGCUGCACCAGCCGGAGGUGCAUUGACGUGGGCCAAGGGCGGCAUGGCCAUCAUGAGCGUAUACCAGGUCUUGUGGCUGGCCUUGUGGAUUGCCGUGCCUUUCUUGCUGGGCUGGACGUGGACGUCUCAGGUCUUCUUUUUGCUCCAUACCAUGGUUCUCCUAAUGAAGAUGCAUUCCUACGUCUUCUACAACGGCCAUCUUAGCGAGACCGAGAAGCGACUGCGCUCCCUUGACAACCCCUCCACCGCAUCGCGGGCCCCGGCAUAUCUUUACCCGACCCCAGACAACCCCAUGGGCGCGAUGGCGGGUAGCCCUAAGAGAGCCGAUGCGGCAGGCGAGGGGGUGGGGGAGGGCGAAGAUGACGUCCCUGUGGACAGUGAUGAGAUUGUCGAGCUCCGUGAGGACCUGGCCCGGGAGUUAACCAGCCCCAUCGGCACAAUAACGUAUCCGGCCAACUUAACCUGGCCAAACUAUGCCGAUUACAUAUGCUGUCCGACCCUGUGCUACGAGAUCGAGUACCCGCGGAACGACAAGAUCGACUGGCAAAACCUCUUCUCCAAGAUCGCUGCCAUCUUCGGCUGCAUCUUCCUCCUGACCAUCAUCUCGGAGGAGUUCAUCCUCCCAGCCCUAGUCGAUGCCUCACAGAGGCUCGACCCGUCGCUGCGAACGGCCGACUCGGCCCUUACGGCCCUCGAAGUGCUCCUCAUCCUGGCCGAGACCAUCUCCUGGCUACUCUUCCCCUUCAUGCUGACCUUCCUGCUCGUCUUCCUCGUCAUCUUUGAGUACGUGCUCGGGGCCUGCGCCGAGAUCACGCGGUUCGCGGACCGGCACUUCUACAGCGACUGGUGGAACAGCACCGACUGGAUGGAGUUCUCGCGCGAGUGGAACGUGCCCGUCUACAGCUUCCUCCGGCGCCACGUCUACAGCGCCAGCCGGCCCCACAUCGGCAAGGCCAACGCGACCGUCAUCACCUUCCUCGUCAGCGCCCUCGGCCACGAGAUCGUCAUGGCCUGCAUCACCAAGAAGCUGCGCGGCUACGGCUUCAUCUGCCAGAUGCUGCAGCUCCCCAUCGUCAUGCUGCAGCGGACCAAGUGGGUCAGGGGCCGCAAGACCUUCAACAAUGUGUGCUUCUGGUGCAGCAUGAUCCUGGGGUUGAGCCUAGUAAGUCUGCUUUUGGCUUUUACGUGUCCCUGUUCCCGCCGCGUCAAACAACAACACCGAGAACGAAUGAAACUAAUAAUUAUUUUUUCAAUUCCCAUGCAGAUCUGUUCACUCUACGUCUUGGUAUGAGGCAGAACCGCAGAGCAAGCCAGUGGGCGGGUGCCGGGGGAGGAGGAGGGAGGGUCGGCAAUGCGGGCACGUGGUACACCUGCGCCCCAAUCCCCGAGCACACCCUUCCUCCACACGAGUCGCAUUUGCCCAACCUCUUGCGAGCUUGCAUGGGCCGGACGAUCCGACAGGG